UAUUGCUACCUAGCUAGUACUUUCAGCUUACGCACUCUAAGUUCAUUCAUUUCCUUACCCUUAACCUUAGGCCUCCCACAAUGAAGUUCCUCAGCUGGAUGCAAAAUAAACUUGGAGGAAAACAUGACAACAGAAAACCAAAUACACACACAACUACUACAUAUCAUGCAAAACAAGAACCUCGAGAGGAAUUCAGUGAUUGGCCUCAUGGUUUGCUAGCAAUUGGAACAUUUGGAAAUAACAGUGAAAUCAAAGAAAACAUAGAUGAUCAAAAUGUGCAAGAGGAUCCAUCCUCGUCAGAGGAAAUAGCAGACUUCACUCCUGAAGAAAUUGGGAAUCUACAGAAGGAAUUAACAAAACUCCUGAGACGAAAACCAAAGGUGGAAAAGGAAAUAUCUGAGCUUCCUCUAGACAGAUUUCUUAACUGCCCUUCAAGCUUGGAGGUUGAUAGGAGAAUCAGUAAUGCGCUAUGCAGUGAAUCAGAUGAUAAAGAAGAAGAUAUCGAGAAGACAUUGAGUGUGAUAAUUGACAAAUGCAAAGACAUAUGUGCAGAUAACAAAAAGAAAACAAUUGGGAAGAAAUCUAUUUCUUUCCUUCUGAAGAAGAUAUUUGUUUGCAGAAGUGGAUUCGCUCCAACGCCUAGCCUUAGAGAUACCCUUCAAGAGUCAAGAAUGGAGAAGCUUUUGAGGACAAUGCUUCACAAGAAAAUUUACACCCAAAAUUCUUCUCGGACAUCAUUCAUGGCAAAGUGCAUAGAGGAGAAGAAGAUGACAAGGAAGAGGAAUGAUGAUGAAUCAGACGAGAGAAGUGGUGAUGGCAGUAAAUGGGUGAAGACUGAUUCUGAAUAUAUUGUGCUGGAGAUAUAAUAAAUCUGCUUCUAUUUUUACAAGCUCUUUUAGUAGCUGUUGGGGUAAAGAUGAGUUAAUGUAUAAUAUAUAUAAGAAGUAGAUUUGAUAAGAGUUAAUUGACAGUAGUAGUACUUUCGUAUUUUGAGGUCAGAUUGCAUGAAAAAGAGAGAGGGAUAUAUGUAUGUAUAUGAUGAUGGAGGCUAUGGAGUGGAGAUGAGAUUUUUUGAAAUGAAGACAGUGUGUUAUUUUUUCAUGGUUUUGUGUCUGCAAAGGCAGAAGAAGUCAUGUUGUGGAAAAUGAUAGAAUGGGUUUGUGAUAUGUAAGGCAAAGUUAGACAAUUUGUGUGAUGUGCACACUUCUCAUCCC